CGGCGUGGAGAGUCGAGAAGAUGGAUGAAGGGCGACGGUCGGGGGGCGGGGAGGCAGCUUAUAAGGACGGGCGCGGCGUGUUGUGGUGCGCGAGAUCAAUCCUGCCGGGCUAGCGCGCCGGGCGGCGGCCACAGAUCACAGUCGCGCUCGCUUAGCGCCCAAACCGGCAGCAGCAGCGCACGGGCCGGCCUGGCCGCCGCUGGAUCACAACAUCAGCGCGACUCCCCAUAAGUAGCGCGUCCCCCGCCGCUCGACGACCUUUCUUCCUUCAUCUCGACACUCCACUCCCGCGCAACCACCCCGACCCGUCCAUCUCAGCCCACUUCCAGCUCUCAGCUACUCCGCCUUUUUCCAUCUCACUUCCACCGCACGCCACCGAAAAUGCCUCCCAAAGCCCAGAAGACUCCCACCACCGGCGGCAAGGCCCCGGCCGGCAAGGCGCCCGCUGAGAAGAAGGAGGCCGGCAAGAAAACCGCCGCUCCCUCUGGCGACAAGAAGAAGCGCACCAAGUCGAGGAAGGAGACCUACUCCAGCUACAUCUACAAGGUCCUCAAGCAGGUCCACCCCGACACUGGUAUCUCCAACCGCGCCAUGAGCAUCCUUAACUCCUUCGUCAACGAUAUCUUCGAGCGCGUCGCCACCGAGGCCUCCAAGCUUGCCGCCUACAACAAGAAGUCGACCAUUUCAUCACGCGAGAUCCAGACCUCUGUCCGACUCAUCCUGCCCGGUGAACUUGCCAAGCACGCCGUGUCUGAGGGCACCAAGGCCGUCACGAAGUACUCUUCCUCCACCAAGUAAGGGUGUCAUGACGAUCGGGGUUUCUCUGGGUUUCUUCCUUCGUCCUGUUCUUGGAUGACGGCUAUGGGGUCGGUGUUUACGGGUUUCAUUUUAAUGCGAUCAUGGGUCGGUUUGCUUGCUCUCCAGGACCGUGAGUUCAUGGUUUGACUACGGGGUCCGGAUCAUCGAGGGUGUACAUUAUACCUCUGCACACGGAACGAAUCAAUUCUUUC